AAAAGUGAGCCAACUACAAGUUUUAGGACAUAACAACAACAACAUCGCCAAGAGCAGUGUGACUGUGUGCAGACAUCCUGCAGUGGACCUGAGACAGCUGCGUGUAACCAUCCUAUAAAACAUUUUGACUUUGGAGCACAGCCACGACUCUUUUAAAGCCACAAGAUAUUGUCACUCGGAAAAUGACGGAGAACGGCAUCUUGCACCCGGAGAGGGUGCUCACCCUGGACACCAUGAAUCCCAACGUGAAGCGGGUUGAAUAUGCAGUCCGGGGCCCCAUUGUGCAGCGGGCUGUGCAGAUUGAGAAGGAACUGAAAGAGGGAGUCAAGAAGCCAUUUACGGAAGUGAUCAGAGCCAACAUCGGGGACUGCCAUGCCAUGGGUCAACGGCCAAUCACUUUCCUUAGACAGGUCUUAGCACUGUGCACGUAUCCUGAACUUCUGGAGGAUAACAAGUUCCCAGAGGAUGUCAAAAGCAGGGCACAGCGCAUUCUGCAAGCCUGUGGAGGGGGUAGCAUAGGUGCGUACAGUAUGAGUCAGGGUAUCGAGUUGGUCAGACAAGAUGUGGCCCGCUACAUUGAGCGACGCGACGGCAUCCCUUCCAACCCUGACAACAUUUACUUAUCCUCUGGAGCCAGUGAUGCCAUCUCGACCAUGCUGAAGCUGCUGGUGUCUGGAGAGGGUCCUACCAGGACGGGCGUGAUGAUCUCUCUCCCCCAGUACCCUCUCUACUCUGCCGCCCUGGCCGACCUCGGGGCUGUGCAGAUCAGCUACUACCUGGACGAAGGGAACAACUGGAGCAUGGACAUCAGCGAGCUGCGGCGGGCGCUAGCCGAGGCUAAGAAGCACUGCAUACCAAGGGCCAUCUGCGUCAUCAACCCUGGCAAUCCAACUGGUCAGGUACAAAGCAGGCAGUGCAUUGAAGAUGUGAUCCGAUUCGCCGCUGAGGAGAACCUCUUCCUGAUGGCUGAUGAGGUAUACCAGGAUAAUAUCUAUGCGGAGGGUUGUAAAUUUAACUCUUUUAAGAAGGUACUGUUUGAAAUGGGACCCAAAUACUCGAACAAAGUGGAGCUGGCCUCCUUCCACUCGACAUCCAAGUGCUACAUGGGAGAGUGUGGAUUCCGAGGGGGCUACAUGGAGCUCAUCAACCUCGACCCAGAUGUGAAGCUCCAGCUCACAAAGUUGGUUUCAGUCCGACUUUGCCCUCCUGUGGCAGGGCAGGCCCUCCUUGACCUGGUGAUGAACCCCCCUCAGCCUGACGAGCCCUCCUACCCACUUUAUAAGAAGGAACGAACCGCUGUGCUCGAUGCCCUGGCUGAAAAGGCAAAGAUGACCGCAGAUAUAUUUAACAAGGUCCCAGGGAUCCACUGUAACACUGUGCAAGGCGCCAUGUACGCCUUCCCCAGGAUUGACAUGCCACAGAAGGCCAUAGAGGCCGCAAAGGAGAAAGGCCAGGCCCCCGACAUGUUCUACUGUAUGAUGCUGCUGGAAGAGAUGGGGGUCUGUUUGGUGCCUGGAAGUGGUUUUGGCCAAAGAGAAGGAACAUUUCACUUCAGGAUGACUAUUCUUCCUCCUACGGAGAAACUGAAGCUAGUCUUGGACAAGGUGAAGGAAUUCCACAUGAGAUUUAUAAAACAGUACUCUUAAUCCACACCCUGUUCACGUGACCAUCAAGAUGGCGUGUGGAUUCCCAGGGAGAAGAUGGAGGAUCAUCUUGUGCCUUAAGAUGUCAUAACAGUAGAGUUCACACUCUUGGAAUCUUUUCUGUUUUUGUAUUCCUGCUCUGGAACAGUUGGACGUCAGCCUAUGGAUUUGUUUUAAGUGCCUCUGAAUUUUAGAUGAUUAACAUCAGCACUUUUUAAUUUAGCUACAAGUCCUCAUAUUGUAAUUAAUCUUAGCGUAAUAUCUUGACUCUGUGAUACUGUGUGUUUUCUUGUCAAUGUUGUAAACUGUCUGUUUAUCGAUGUAAAAUGUUUAAUAAUAAUGUUAGGGAAUGGACCGUAAUGUCAUGUACAAAAGUGAGGACCCUCUUGGUCUGUGUCAUCUCCAGGUUUACUCAGGGCCAGAACUUCAGAAGAAUGGACACAGGGAAUGAAUGAGCAUUUGACAGUAUUGUGACUGUCAGAUUUUUAAACAAAGGCUGCCUCAUAUUAGUUGGGCUAUUAAAAUAUUGUCCCCUUAGAAUUACAUGGUACUGUCUGACAAGGUUACAAGGUUACUGACAUAUUCUUAUUCUGUGACAAGUUUGUGAAGUGAGAUGUUUCUUGAAGUUGUGUGCAUUUUUGGUCGUCAUAGUGUAUCUAAAGAGGCGUGAUCCACUUAUCAAUAAAACUCAUUCUUAAACUUUCAAGUUCAAUAUCUCAGAAGUACUCAGUAUGCAGUUAGAACCCUGUAAUAGUAAGGGGACGAUAUAGGUCAGACAGCCUAGUCUGAUUUUCUCUAUAGGGACAUCUGAGGCAUUAUGUUGUGUGUGAUGAGAUUAUUGAAAUACAUGUGUCAUUUGUGAUUUAAGUGCCUCAAUAAUAAGAUCGGACUUGGUGGGUGUGGCCUUUGCAAGGGAAGGGUACGUAUUGGGAGUUUUGAAUGUGGCGGGAUGUUUUACAAACACUCGACAUACGUUUUUAUUACUCAAAAUGUCAACACUAGUAAUAAAGGAUUAAUAUUUGUGAACCCUG